AUGGAUCCAGACAGUUAUCCCUUCAAUCUAGCAAAAGAGCGCGAAUUCUAUAGCUCUUACCCAUUUGCUCCCUUCGACGACUCUAGCCGGAAAACGUUCUCGCCAGCAUCUUCGCAAGACCAUGCCUUGACCUCGUUUGCCCAGCUGGGAGCCAUGAGACUUGGUGCCCAGCGGGCAAUCAUCUCGCUCUUCGGCCCUACGAACCAGUAUAUUCUGGCCGAAGCUACAGGCUCGCCUGACGACGAACUACGGCUAGGAUGUUGUGUUCUACCCAAAGAGAAUAGCAUCUGCACGGAACUGACAACCACGCCUUCCAAUCUUCCGGAUAAUACGACUGUUAGUCAUGGGGCCUUGAUUAUUCCGGACUUGCAGGGUGAAAAUAAGGAGCGAUACGCGGUGCCCAAGCAACUAUAUGCCGCCCGGUUCUAUGCUGGUGUGCCAAUAAUUAGUCCAAGAGGGCAAGUGAUAGGGUCAUAUGGCGUCUUAGACUCGCAGCCAAGGCCAUCAGGGGUGGAUGAAUCAACAAUAAACUUCAUGAAAGACAUGGCAGCGACCAUAAUGAGAUACUUAGACAUGAUGCAUCUCGAGCAUGAGAAUAUUCAAGCACGGAAGAUGAUCACUGGUCUGGGUAGCUUUGUGGAGGGGAAAUCGACGCUCCGAGAUUCAUGGCUUGAGUCGAACGAGCAGGAUGCUGCGCGAGGUAGACACGGUGACGAGACUAUUGAAGGCUUGUUGGAUAAACGACAGCAGGAUCUGCAGGAAGCGCGAGACAAUACCCGGAAACAACCUCCUCAUCGUCCGGCUCGAAAAGAUUCUUCUCCUGGCGCCGAUGAUGACGAAACGGACGCAAGACCUGGCACGCACAAGAGGCAAAAUUCACAUUUGCAAAGGCGGGCCAUCUGCCGAAGCGAACCUUCUGGGGACAGUCUACCCGACGAUGACGGCAUUCAAGGUUCCUUGCAGGAAAUAUUUUCCCGAGCAGCAAAUUUGAUCCGAGAGUCCAUCGCGGUGGAAGGCGUUGUCUUUUUUGAUGCUAGGGUUGAAUCUUUCGGUGGCCUUGUGGGAUACGAGUACUGCGAGGAUCAUGAAGCCCGGUCAGAAAGUGAGACCACUACCAGCAGUGAGGAAAGCCCCGAUACCGGGCUCGAAAAUGGCACGACGAUAUGUCGCAUUCUAGGUAGCUCCACUUCCGUCUUUUCCACAAUAAACGAGGAUUCCAGGGCCAGAUCCAACUCGCAGGACAAUGGUUAUGCGCUGCGUGAGUUUCUGCUGAAAGCCAUGAUGAACCGGUACCCUCGUGGGAAGAUAUUCAACUACAAUAAUGACGGGUCAUUAUCCGACGAGAGCGGCAGCAAUUUCUCUGCUGACACCUCGAAAUCUGUAUCCACAAAGGACUCUAGGAGGCGGAAGCGGAGCCACAAGCAAGACGCCAACGAUCUGCACCGUGUUCUUCACGGCCCCCGAAGCAUCAUAUUUCUGCCACUGUGGGACUCUCACAAGUCGAGAUGGCUUUCAGGAUUGCUUGUCUGGACUAAUAAGCCGCAGCGUGUUUUCGCGGCGGAGACGGAGCUGGCGUAUCUGCGUGCUUUUGCUAAUAGUAUUAUGGCUGCGGUCCAUAAACUUGAUAUCGAGAUGGCCGACAGAGCAAAGACAAACCUGGUCAGCAAUAUCUCUCACGAACUGAGAAGCCCCCUGCAUGGAAUUUUGGGCACCGCAGACCUCCUUAGCGAUACUGCCUUGAAUGCUCUCCAGUAUGGAAUGGUACACACUUUGGAGGCCUGCGGCCGGACCUUGCUUGAUACUAUCAAUCAUCUGCUGGACUUUACCUAUAUUGAUAAAUUCAGGAAAGACCGAAACUCGAAGCAUAAACAUGCCAAGAAAGCUGAGACGUCAAGUCAAAAUCACGACACUCUUGAACGUAACCCCCCAAAUAGCAGCGAGAAUAUCAAUACGCAUGUUCAGCUAGAUGCGGUCCUAGAGGAAGUGGUCGAGAGUAUAUUUGCCGGUCAUACUUUCUAUCAUCAUGCAAGAAGGAACGGUGGUAGUCCGAAAACGGCUGUUGUUUCGGCGAAGCAAGUAACUAUCAUAUUCGAUAUCCAAGAAUCCAACGGAUGGGGUUUCUACACACAGGCUGGGUGCUGGCGACGUAUCAUGCUGAAUGUUUUCAGUAACGCACUGAAGUACACGCAACAGGGUUUCGUUUACAUUGGGCUGAAGGUAGGGGAAGCAGAAACACCCCGGGGAGAAAGCAAUGACUCCUCGCAGUCUGAUUCCAACGCCAAAUAUACCGUUACAUUAACUGUCAAAGAUACUGGUCAGGGCAUUGGGACUGCUUUUCUCCGAAACGGCCUCUUCGUUCCAUUCUCGCAGGAAGAUGCUCUUGCCCCUGGAAGUGGGCUAGGACUAAGUAUUGUGAGAAAGGCAGUCGCCUCCCUCCAUGGAACAAUCGAGCUUAGUUCGGAGAAAGACAAAGGCACCGAGGUAACCAUCCAAGUGCCGAUGUCUCCCGUCUCGGAUAACCCUGAUGAAUCCUCAACGACUGCGGCAUACCGUUCGAUACGAAAGAAGGCCCAGGGUAAGACCCUUGGUCUAAUCGGGUUCGGCUCGUCACUCGUAUCAGAACGAGAUUCUACCCUGUCUAACUCUUUAACACGGCUCUGCGAAGAUUGGUUUCAUCUCAUCGUCAAGAGAAUUAAUUUAAACGAUGAUCCACCAGCUGCCUGUGACUUCUACCUCAUGGUGCACACGGACCUCGACGAUCCGGACGCCAAAGGAAACCAAGUUCUCGACCUGGCCGAACCGAGCAAGGUUUCUCCGUUAAUCGUUAUUUGCCAUUGUCCUGAAGCAGCCCACAAGCUGUACGCGAGGUCAACAUCAAUGAGCCACAAUCCCAAACCCAUUGUCGAGUUCAUUAGCCAGCCCUGCGGCCCCCGUAAACUUGCUAAAUCAAUGGAGCUGUGUUUGAAGCGCAUGGGGGGCCAAGAGACAGACCAACACGAAGAAACACGAUGGGUCGAGUUGCCCGAAUCCUCCCACCUACCACUCGAUAUUGGGCCAAGAGACGCCCCCGAUGAGAGAAUGAAGGUCAGCAAACGACUCGCUGAAGAAAAAAAUGAUGAGCAGCACUCCAGAAAGCCGAUAAACGACAAUAUUUCUCUCCCGGAUGAACCGGGGACCGUGCCCGAAGUGACGGCUCCUGAUGGGAUCGCAGAGAACGGCCCUCCUUCGGUCCUCCUCGUUGAAGACAACCCAAUUAACUUGAAUAUUCUCGAUGCAUACACGAAGAAAGAAGGCUGGAGCAGCACGACAGCCCAAAACGGCCUUGAAGCGUUUGAGAGGUUCCAAGAACACCCCGGCAAAUUCGCGCUGGUCAUCAUUGACAUCUCCAUGCCGGUCAUGAACGGAUUCGAGGCAAGUCAGAGAAUUCGACAGUUUGAACGCAAGUACUUUGACGCUCAUCCAGAGUUGAGGCCAUCGUGGCAUCCCACUACGAUCGUGGCAUUGACUGGGCUAGACAGCAAGGAUGCGCAGCAUGAGGCGUUUGCUUCUGGAAUUAACGUCUUCCUCACGAAGCCCAUCAGUCGAGCAAAGAUACGGACCCUGCUGAAAAACUUGUGAAUUUGUGAUACUAGAUAGACUUGUUUAUUGCCACGCGUCCCUGGCGGCCAUGACUUACGAUAAUGUAUAUUGCGUUUCUUCAUACCCUGCGUGUUUUCUCCAUGUCCUCAUAUAUUUGAUGUUUUCCGCAAGAUAGAAAUCUGAAGUCUCUACAA